AUGUUGGAAAAUGGCAAGCAAAAGAUUGGCAACAUGCUGAGAGCACAAAUGCGCAAAUACCUACUCAGAGAAGCCUUCUCGGACCGUUCUGGUGCUAAAAGUAUUAUCCCCUCGCUCGGGAAGAAGAGUGCCAAAGCGGAAGGCCGCAGCGAGCGGGAGCGGCGCAAACGAGGAUUUAUAGCCAUGCGUCAGAUGUGCAAGCUGGCAAACGUCCAACACAAAUGGCUCUCGCUCUUGGUUUCUUUUUUGCUUUGGAUGACGAUAUGGCUGAUCGGGGGUGUGGUUUUCUGGCGCUCGGAGUCGAACGCAAAAUGGUCGUACUUUGAGGCUCUAUACUUUGCAUAUACCAGUCUUCUAACAGUUGGUUAUGGAGAUUUGUAUCCGAUCAGUAGUUUGGGUAAAUCCUUCUUCGUUUUUUGGUCCCUGCUUGCCGUUCCUACGAUUACCAUUCUCAUCUCCAAUAUUGGCGAUACCGCUAUCCGAUUUAUCCGUGACGUUACGCUAUUCAUUGGCGAGCUCACUAUUCUACCGGGUGACCAAUCCUUCGUGGACAGGCUUAAGACACUGACUCACAUCUCCUGGGUCAGAUGGUGGAUGGAAGAAACGACGGGCGAAAAUCAAGAUCCCAAUAAAGAGAACGGCAAUCAUUUCGACUUCAAAGAAAACAAGGAAGAAAAGCAAGCCGAAAAUAUCCACCAGUACAUCUACCUGCUCUUCCGAGAGCUACGCAAAAUGGUUGAGUACGCCAGCAACACUCCAUCCCGGAAAUUCGACUAUCUAGAAUGGGAAUAUUAUAUGAGUCUGAUUGCAGGAGAUAAUAAACCCAAUGUUCUUGGAGAUGAAGCCGAUGAUGGACAGGCGGAAGCAGCACGAGAGUGGAGUUGGACUGAUAAGGAAAAUCCUUUGCUUGCCGAAACGAGUGAGGUUCAGUGGUUGCUUGGGCGGUUGACUGAGGUACUUGAUCGGGAAUUAAGGAGGGCAAGUCAGGUUCAUCAUGUUUCCGAGAGAGCAAAGGGGGAUGAAGCAGAGGAUUAA